GCUUCCUCUCAGCUUCCUCAAAAGCCCCCUACUUUUCUCUCCAUCCAAACACCCAUUUUCUAUCCCCAGAAAGAAGGAAACCCCCACUAUCUCCCCCUAGAAUCCUCGCCGAAACUAUGAUCGGACACCCAAAACCUCAUCUGGGCCUCGCCCUAAUCUCAAUUUUCCUCAUCGCAGCCUCUGCAACUCCGCUCUCCAUCGCCCCAACCCCGCCAAAACCCUCAGUCUACGAUAUCCUCACGCAGUUCGGCCUCCCAAGGGGGCUCCUCCCAGACUCCGUCAAAUCCUAUUCCCUCUCCGAAAAUGGCGAAUUCGUGGUCAAUUUGGAGGGCUCGUGUUACAUACAAUUCGAUUACUCGGUCUACUACGAAGCUUCGAUCACCGGCACUCUCAAGUACGGCUCCAUCACCAAUCUGAAGGGGAUCGAGGUCCAGAGAUUCUUCAUGUGGUUCGAUGUUGACGAGAUCAAAGUUGAUCUGCCCCCCUCCGAUAGUAUAUAUUUUCUGGUGGGGUUUAUCAACAAGAAGCUCGAUGUUCAGCAGUUUCAAACCAUUCGUUCUUGCGGCAAGGGAGUCUCUGUUUCUUGCCGUGAUCAUUCCAAACAAGUUCUUCAGCAGCUCCCCGAUGAGGUAGAUGAAAUCCAGAAGCUAAUGGCGGAAUAGACGAAACCGAAAAACGAGUUGCAGUGGGAGGAAACUAUGAGACUGGGUUUUGAUUCUUGUACAAGUCUGUUGUCUUCUGUGUCGGGAAUAAAUGUGAAGAUUGAUUUGGGUGGAGAAGGUGAACUCUGCACAAUGUAUGCAUAUGUAUAUACUGGUAUGUUAUCUGGCUUCUUUUCUCAAUUGAACUGUUCUUUCAGUUCCUCCACUGGUAUAUAUAUUGAUAUCACAAGCUUCUGGUUUUGGUACUUCUAUAUCAUUGCUUUCCCUUGGAUGAAAA